GUGCUGGCCAAAGCCAUCCAGUCUCUGUCCAGGAUCGGCGAUGAGCUGUAUGUGGAGCCUCAGGAAGAUGGGCUGGCCCUGCGGUCUGUGAACUCCUCUCGGUCUGCAUAUGCUUGCUUCCUGUUCGCACCACUCUUCUUCAGCAGAUACUCCAUUCCCACUGGUCUAAACUUCCGCUGCAAGAUGGCUAUAAAGAGUGUUCAGGCUGUGUUCAGGUCUUUAGCAACAUUGGAAAAGACGGUGGAAAAGUGUCACAUCUUGCUGGAUGAAGAGAAGGAUCGUCUCACCUUCACCCUGCACUGCAAACACGGCCUCUUGAAGACACAUAACCUCUCUUACCAGGACAGUGAAAGCUUACAGGCAGUGUUCGAUAAAGACAGCUGUGCCAAUGCAUUCAAAGCCCAGCCCAAGGUGUUGGUGGACACAGUCGUGCACUUCCCUCCCUCUCUGGAAGAAGUGACUGUGAGAGUGAGUGAUGACCGGAUGUGGGUCAGGAAUCAUGUAGAAGAUGAAGCAGAGCAGUCCAAGGCCAUGCUGACGGAGCUGUGUCUGGCUGCUGAUGAGUUCGACCACUUUGUUGCCCAAGCUCACAACAGCAUCACCUUUUGUCUGAAGGAGCUACGGGGUUUGCUGCUGUUUGCAGAGGCCACAGGUCUACCCGUCUCUAUGUACUUUGAUGAACCGGGCAGCCCGAUGGUGCUCUCCGUAACAGACACUGUCCUGGAGGGAGACUUUGUGCUGGCCACGCUUUCUGAGAAUCCAGGUCAUCAUAAAAACAACGGAUCACACACACAGCAGCCACCCCCUCCUGAUGACUUCAUGAAUGACGACAUAGACUCGUACCUAAUCGCCAUGGAUACCAGUGUCGCACCAGACCCAUCGACCAACAACCCACCCACAUCCUCAUUAGCUGUGCCCAUAAGUUCAAAACUAAAGAUUGCAGCCAGUUGCAGGAAAACAGUGCACAGCGAGGGGGAGGAGGAGGACGUGGAUGGAGAUUCUGAUAAGCCCCCUAACAAGAAGUUCCGGUCCCUCUUCUUUGGAUCGGUCCUUCCUCCAUCUCCACAGAUGACCACGCAGCCAGUAACAACUCAGGAAGUGCUGGCCAGUGACAGUGAGGAUGACGCAGAGUGA